GCACCUGUUGCAGAAUGCUGAAAUGUUGGAAGAUUUGAGAUAGUCAAGAGAAAGUUCUCACACAGUGCAUUGUUAAACUGUAUGGACUUUUGCUCCUACAGGAGGCAGUGAUUGCCACCAGUCUGGAUGGCUUUAAAAGAGAAUUUGACAAAGUUGAGGAGGAUAAGGUUCUCAACAGCUACUACUGCCUAGGAUGGCUAUGUUCUGCCUCCACUGUCAGAGGCAGUAUGCCUCUGAAUACCAUUUGCUGGAGAUCACAAGCAAAGGAGAUUGCUGCUGCGUUCAGGUCCUGUUUGUGUGAUUCCUAAGCACUUCUGGGAUAGAACAGUUAGAACAGAAUGCUGAACUAGGUGGGCCAUUGGCCUGAUCCAGCAGGCUCUGAAUGUUCACUUGCAGUGGCACAGAAAGAUAAUCCAAUUUCAUAGAGUGGAGACAGAUUGCCAAUUCCUGCCCACCCCCACAAUAAUUGAAUUGAGAGAGGGACCCUAGCUUACCCAUUCACCACUUGAGAUUAUGGGAGAAAAGUGCUAGGAAGAGACCACCACCUGGAGGACAAGUGGGAUUCCCUAAGGGCAGAAGAAAGAAGGAACUGGUGGAAGGAAGAAACAGUGAUGGUCACUGAUGGAGGAACAACUGCUGGGGUGGGAGGAAGAAGAAACUCCUAGAGUACUGGAGGGUAUGUCUUUUGGCUUUCCAAAAUUUAAAGAUUGUGAUGUUGUGUUUCUCAGCAAUAUUGAUGUGUACCGAGCCUGAGUAGUGUGGAAGAGAGAAAAGAGCUGGCAACUGGGAGGGAAAAAAUGGUCGUGUGCAUCCACCCCCUGACUAUUAAACAGAAGAGUGCGUGUUUAGCGGGGAGGGGGGUGAAUGCUAGGACUAGAUAGAGAAAAUAGCUGAAUAGGCUGCAUAGGUAGUCUGGAGCGGCGGCCGCAGCAACAGCAGCAGGUAGAUCUCGAUAGGAUCUGGGUGCGCGGGGUGGGGGUGUGGCUGGCUGGCAGCCAGUGCCAAGCCGAGUCUCCAUCUUCGCUCUCCCUCCCUCCCCGCCAUCUGCUCGGCCGCACUUUGGCUCAGACCACACCCACCCGCUCCUUUCUUCCCCCGGGGGAGCGGGAGGCAGCAGCCAGCCAGCCAGCCCUCGCCAGUUGCCAGGAAGCCGUCCGUCGGCGAUGCCCUCUGAUUGGAACGCUGCGCUCAUCCAUCAGGGCGGCCGGCGGAGGGUGCCUGCUCGCUCCUCGCCGCGUCUCGGACCAGGAGGGGCCAUGCCGAGGCUACGGGCUUAGCGGGUGGGGGUGGGUGGCGGCAGGAGGAGGAGGAGGAAGAGGCUGGCUUUCUUGGCAGGCGAAAGGCGCGCCCUGCCACCUCCGGCUUCCACCAUGAGUCCGGCGUGAGCGCAGCCGAGGGCGCACGGAUAUCUCCAUGGUGCAGGACGGCGGCAUGUCACGCACACCUUACAGCUCCAGCCAAGACAUCCAGAUGGAGGUCUUGGACAACCCGGGCCUCCAGGGGAAAUAUAGCAAAAGGAAGAAUCGCUUCAAACGCUCCGACGGCAGCACCUCAUCUGACACGACUUCAAACAGUUUCGUCAGGCAGGGUUCUGCUGAGUCCUACACCAGUCGGCCCUCUGAUUCCGAUGUGUCGUUGGAGGAAGAUCGCGAGGCCCUGCGCAAGGAGGCAGAACGCCAAGCCCUAGCACAGCUGGAGAAGGCAAAGACCAAACCAGUGGCAUUUGCUGUGAGAACGAACGUGGGCUACAAUCCAUCUCCCAAUGACGAUGUGCCGGUCCAAGGCCUGUCUAUUUCCUUUGAACCCAAAGACUUCCUUCAUAUCAAAGAGAAAUACAACAAUGACUGGUGGAUCGGACGCCUGGUCAAAGAAGGCUGCGAGGUCGGCUUCAUCCCCAGCCCCGUCAAGCUGGAGAACAUGCGGAUGCUACAGGAGCAAAAGAUGAGGCAGCAUCGACUCAGCUCCAGUAAAUCAGGAGACAACUCCACCUCCAGCCUGGGAGAUGUGGUGACUGGCCCCCGGAGACCCACCCCACCUGCCACUGGUACCUUGGACAUGACUAACUUAGCUUAUGACCCAGACGCCCUUGACUUAGAGGAGGAGGAGGAGGCCACCGAGGAGAACCAACGAACCCCCAAGACUAGUGUUAGCAGCGUCACCACGCCCCCCUCCACCACCAAGCGCCGCCCCUUCUUUAAGAAGGCGGAGCAUGUGCCACCGUAUGACGUGGUUCCUUCCAUGCGGCCCAUCAUUCUUGUAGGCCCAUCCUUGAAAGGGUAUGAGGUGACGGACAUGAUGCAGAAAGCUUUGUUUGAUUUCCUGAAACGCCGAUUCGAUGGCAGAAUAUCUAUCACACGUGUGACAGCUGAUAUCUCCUUGGCCAAGCGCUCGGUCCUCAACAACCCCAGCAAACACACCAUCAUCGAACGCUCCAGCACCCGCUCUAGCCUGGCUGAAGUGCAGAGUGAGAUCGAGCGCAUCUUUGAGCUGGCCCGCACCCUGCAGCUGGUAGCCCUGGAUGCAGACACCAUCAACCACCCAGCUCAACUGUCCAAGACCUCAUUAGCGCCAAUUAUCGUCUAUAUCAAGAUAUCCUCCCCCAAGGUGCUGCAGAGACUGGUGAAAUCGAGAGGCAAAUCCCAAGCCAAGCACCUGAAUGUGCAGAUGGUGGCAUCAGACAAACUGGCGCAGUGCCCCCCUGAGAUGUUUGACAUUAUCUUGGAUGAGAACCAGUUGGAAGAUGCCUGCGAACACCUGUCCGAGUACCUCGAAGCCUAUUGGAAGGCCACGCACCCUCCCAGCAGCAACCCGCCCAAUCCGCUGCUGACCCGCACCAUGGCAACGGCUGCCUUGGCUGCCAGCCCCGCCCCGGUCUCCAACCUCCAGGUACAAGUGCUGACCUCCCUCAAGCGCAACCUGGGGUUCUGGGGAGCGAGGGGCAGCCUGGACCAGGGGCUGAGCGGAGCUGUCCGGGUGGAGGAGCACGAGCUGUAGCUUUCGGGGAAACCCGAGGUAGUUGUUCGGAAAUGAAGAAACGAGCACAGGGAAGCCUUGCUAAUGAGGGCUCCCCCUUCCCUACAAAGGACUUGUCAGUGCUGCUGUUCAGUCAAGGCAAUCUCUCUCUUUCGCCUCCCCGCCCCUUCUCUGAAGCUGUCCUGCUAAAGUGCACACACAAACACCCCUUUCCCUCGCAAUCUGACUUUGAUUAAAGGAUGACCUCGGCGAGUCACCAGCACAUCUCUCCCGCCCUACACCCCGCCGUCUCUUAUCUUUCGAGCAAUGCUUCCUGGGGACAUCAGAGAAGCGUCUCAGCUAGGAAAAGUGGGUUUGUCGUUUAGGGCAGGUUCUGUGGGCUGCUCUGAACCAGAUCUAAAAUGGCAUCACAAAGGAAGGAUUUUCCUCCACCUGCUCAUGGGAAAGAAGUCAGUUGGCUUUCCAGUGUGCUGUGUGAAUGCAGAGCCUGGUUUUCAGUAGGGGCAGGUCCAUUAUGCUGCCGAGUUGCCCUCAAAGACCCCUUAUGGCCUUGCAGGUAGUGCCUCCCCCCCCCGCCAUCUGCCACACAUUCUUUGUUCCGUUCUCGUAACACACAUGGUGAAUUUGGGCAACUGCUUCCCAAUCCACUUUUCUAACAAGCAGUGAUUUCCGGUCACCAAGUGGCAGGAACCCACUGGACUAAAGGGGUCUGUAAGGUCACAGGGUUUGUACGGGGCCCCACUUUGGAUAAUCUGGCAGGAGCACCAAGUCUAUGACCUUAUGGAUUCCUUCACAAUAACCAUGGACUGCUGAGUUUCUGCCACCUAGUGACAGAAAGUCAAAUUUCUUGGGAGGCUGGGGAGCAGUUGUGGCUGCAGUAAAUUGCAUCGGUGAUUAUACCUCAUCAGGAUAACCUUGUCCGCUUGAUUCCCAUGGCCUCAGUGCAAAGCAUUUACCGGCAGGCAAAACCAUAUUGUCAGAAUCUCACUGCCAGAGGUGGGUGACUUUUUACAUUGACAGUGCCCCGCAUUGUUGCCUAAACCUUGGCCAAGUCAAGGACCGAUUGCCAAGCAUAGCAAGCUGAACAGAGCUCCAUCAAACUCAUCUCUCUUGUGAGCUAAAAAGAAGAAGUCUGCAUUGAGCAGAAAUAGAUUUAUUACUGCAGAAUCCACUUUUUUGCUUGGGUGGCGUGAUGCCUGCCCAUCGUUCAAAUGUGAAUUUGGACAUGCUUCAAAUGCAUGUUUGGGUGUAUGAUGGGAAACCCCAUGCUGUUUCUGUUGUGUCACCUUUUUAAAAAGAAAAGGGCAAACUCUGAAGUGGUUAAACAGAAGUGACCACCAUUCCCCCAAAGGUGUUUAGCUGUCAAUAAGUUUACCACUUUCACAUCUGGCUCCCAGUGCUGUUUUAUUGCAUGGCGUGGUAAGUGACUGCUGUUGCUGCUGCUGCUUUUACAUAUAAAUAACAGCAGGUGGUCCAGCUGAUCAGCACAGGUGGCUCUGUAUGUGUUCUGUGUGAUGCUAACUCUCUAUCUUCUUAUGUCUUAACUAACUGAUGAGUUCUCAAACAGGGUGAUGAUGAGCCUCUCUCUAACAUGGUGCAAAGCAGUUAACCAUGGGAAGCCUCAAUCUCUCUAUAACCUUGGAGGAGGCAAAGGGGUAGCUUGAGAUGCAAGUUGCCACCUCUUGAAACCAUAUUUUGCUGCAGGGAUGGAGAACCUGAUGUUGUUGGACUCCAAAUCCCAUCAGCCCCAGCCAGCACAGCCAGUGGUCAGGGAUGAUGGGGGUUGUAGUCCAGCAACAUCUGGAGAGCCCCAGGCUCCCCAUCCCUGCUCUGUUCUAUACAUUGUGCUCUGCACCACACAUAGAAUGCCAUGUCCAAAGAGCAAUUUCAGACAAAAGUGGCAGAUCACCAUUCUGAGGAUCUCUGCCUAGAACUGUCCCAAACUCCCCAUCCCCCCACCAUCUCCCUCUUUUGCAAGUGUUUUCUGGCUUCUGCUAGUAGGGAUGGAGAAGACAUUCAGUUCAAUUCGCAUUUGAAGCCAAAACCUUAAGAAAUUUGCACUUUCC